AUGCAGGAGAGCACAAUGCUCCAAACCCGAAAUGGCCUACUGGGGCCCAAGCAAAAGGAUCAUGAGCUGCAGCAGUCAUUCUCGAAGUUCUCCAACAACGGAAAGACCCCCUGUGGUCAGAGCGGAAGCUCCGACGUGGCACAGAUGGUCCGAUGCGCGUGCUGCGGAGUGGCGGAGGACUGCACGGCCGCCUACAUCCGCCGCGUCCGCACGGCGCACUGCGGGAGCUGGGUGUGUGGCCUCUGUGCGGAGGCCGUAGGCGAGCGGCUGCGCCACGAGCCGGGCGCUGGCAUGGAGGCGGCGCUGCGGUCGCACAUGGCAGUGUGCAGGGACUUCAACACUACCACAAGGCUGAACCCGAAGCUCUCCCUCGCCGGUUCCAUGAGGGACAUCGCCAGAAGGAGUUUCAACCGGCGGGCGUCAUCCACAGCGACGUACCACGACGAGCUCCGCAAUCUGAGAGGGCCAUCAGCUGCCAGCCUCGCUUCUUUGUGUGAUCGGCUGAUCUCGCACUAA